AUGAGUGGGAGAAAGUUACUGGCAAAUGUGGUGGACGUAAGGAAAUUAUCACGGGCCCCAGUAGUUCUCAUUUUCUCAUCGUAUGACAUAAAAAUUUACGAGAGUAAUGAGUGAUAAACGACCAACAGGAAAUACGCAAUCCGUCAGAACGUAAAUAAUAACUAUUUAUUGAAGCUAAGAGGAUUAAUAAGGUGCAGUGAAAUAUAGGAACUUGAUUGAUUCGAUUUUUGUCAUGAUUGUUAACAAUCGAGUGUUUCAGCGAAUAGUGUGACGACGUUGAAUGUACUCACAGCUGACUAAUGUGAAUCCCAGUGCUUGUGACCCUUCGGAUCCGCACUCGCGAGUACGUGUGCACUUGAAUCGCCCUGUUUGCAGUGAAACGUGGGAUUUUUUUGUUUUUCAAAGGAUUCUCGGGUUUUUGGGCGUUAAUUGUGGCGAUAAAACGGGAACUGCCACUGUGCAGUUCGUGACUCAGGUCGUGAUAAUGGAACAAGUUAUCGCGUUGAGCACACAAAAUCCGCUGUCAUUGCUCGUUAAAUUUGGUAUGAUGGCCUGGAAUAGUACUACUACCUGUGGCAAUGAUAAUUGCUCGGGACAUGGCGAGUGCCAUAAUGGAACUUGUUUAUGUGAAAUAAAAUUUGACGGUUCCGACUGUCAUGUCCCCAACUUCGCUUAUUACAUUGCAUUUGCGACAAUGUUUUUCAUUCUUGCAUUUGUGUGUCUAAUGCAAUUGGUAAUGUGCAUUGUUGCUGAGUGGCAGAAGAUGAAGGCACCAUCAUUCUUGCGGGCAUGUCGGGUUACCACUCAAAAAGUUCUGUACUUCAUUGUCUUUUUAGCUUCUGUCAUCAGAGGAGCUUACUUCACCUCCCCAGCCGCUAUCAAGGAAGGGUGGUCAAGAACUCUGUCGUCAACAUACUAUCUACUUGUAUUGAGUGGAUCCUCCCUGGUUGUCUGCUUCUGGGCUGAAAUAUUUCACAUUCGUGAUAUUCGCACUGAUAAACCACAAUUUUUAUCGAAAUCCUUCCUGGCUUUCGCUGUAUUCAACGUCAUGAUUUUUUCCCUCCUUGUUACUGAGUUCAUCAUAUCUCAGAUCGACUCAGAAGUGGAUCAAAUGUAUUACACCCAAAUCUUCAACGGUUGUUACGCAUUCCUGCUCUUUAUCGUCAUUAUACCGUUCCUAAUUUACGGUGUCGAGGUCUUCUUCAAGUUGCGAGGUGGAUCUGUCAGUGAGCAACAUGUUGCGUCAAUCGCAACGAACGUUCGUACACCUGAGAAAAUGCAGAAUGAGGAUCCUGUUACGACUAAAUUGUUUGAUCCAAUACCGUCAACAUCGGCUGGAUCAGUGGAUCUUCAACAAGUGGACACUUCCCUAUUGCAUCAGUCAAGAUUUGGGUUGCUUUGGCAGGCAUCUAUGCUGUUUAUCAUCGUUGGGUUUUUAUUUAGUGAAAUAAUCAGUGAAAAAUGGAAAACAAAGGUUCCACUGUAUAGCAGAAACUGGCAUGAAAUCGUAUUCCGACUGAUCGAAGUCAGUGUGGCCCUCUGGUUCCCUUGUGUUCUCUGGAAUUGCAUGAGCCCGGAGCAACUGUGGAUAUUGAACCCUAAGAGAAUCUUAAAGCGUCUAGACUUGAAUCAAGAAAAACAUGUCAAAGAAAUCGAGCUCCAGGAGAAGAAAGACUUUCCAGAUGGUAAACUAUUACCUGAUGGUCAAUCGAUCAACGCCAAAGACUGCUGGAUCUGUUACGACAGUGAGGCACAAGAUGCUGGACCCUUAAUUCAACCCUGUCAGUGCAGAGGCGACGUCAGUACUGUCCAUCACAAUUGUCUACGUAGAUGGCUGGUCGAGAGCUCAAUGAAUGCAGACAGUUUGACCUGCAAAGUCUGUGGUAGCAAGUACAACGUAGAACACGCCAAUAGAUUGGACUGGCAGCACAGCUUAACACCUCGUCAUUGGUUGCAAACUAUCGCCAUUGUCACGACAAUGUGUGGAUCAUCCGCAGGUGCUUGGAUACUUAUUCAAUUAGUGGAAGGACCUAUCAUUCGAAUGCUAGCUGCAGGAGCGGCCUUGCUGAUCCUGUAUGUCUGUAUCAGAUUCUUGAGUAUGAAUACAGUGGUCGCUUAUCAACGAGCAAAAGUAUCCUCUCUCAACAUCGUGGCCGCCGACAACACCACCCAACCAACAACAAGUCGUUAUGUUCCAACAAUCAGCAACGCAGUAACAGUCGAAUUGCCAAAAUCAGAAAUAGCCGCGAUAUAAGUACCAUUAAAUCCCCUCAUUAAUCAUAAAUCAUCACGAACUUUAACCUUAAA